AUGCACCUUUCUCGAUCACUCAUUUUCUCUUGCAACCUUGGUCUUCUAUUACUAGCAGCUAAUUACUUCGUUCAAGUUAACAGCGAAUUUUUUACAGCUGCGUUAGUUGGAUGGAGUGUUGCGAUUCCUUUUACUUACAAAGUUGGAGAAUAUGCAUAUUGCCAAUUCAAGGAAUGCGAUAAUGCCGAGUGGGCUAUCCACGAUCCCAACAUUUUCAAGGCAAAGUUGACUAAGGAAUGGAAGCAGCAUGUUUUCGGACAAGAUCUUGCUUUGAAAAUCAUCAGGAAUAUGCUAACUAGCCAUUUAGUGAGAAUUUCAAAGAAAACGUCGAAAAAAGCUUUAGUUCUCUCUUUUCAUGGUGGCGUUGGUACUGGCAAAACUUUGGUUGCCAAGUUACUUGCUAAAGUAUUAUAUAAAAAUGGUCUAAGUAGCUCAUAUGUUCGUCGUAUUCAUCUGAAAGAUUUCCUAACUAAUCUUAAUAUGGACGGUAAGAAACACAAACUCAAGACAGAAAUCAAGAGAUUUGUGCAAUCGUGUACUAGGCCACUAGUACUAUUCGAAGAAGUGGAUAAACUGGAAGCUGGAGUCAUCGAUGCUUUAUCUCCGUAUUUCGACGAAAGUAGCGUGGAUAAUGUCAGCUAUGCAAAUACCAUAUUUAUAUUCACCAGUAAUUAUGCCUCUCGAGAAAUCAAUGAAGAAGCUUGCAGACAGUUUACAGUAACAACCGAGGUUGACGAUUUCGAUUCAGAAAAUUUUUAUGAUAUCAUUAGAAAAAUCAGUUACCGUGGUACAUCGGCCGACGAUUCUACAUCGCGUACGGGUUUCGCUUCGUCCGAAUUUGUUAAGCAUUGUUUAGUCAGCUCUUUCGUCCCUUUCCUCCCGUUGGACAUGACCCAUGUUCUGCAAUGCAUUGAUGCCAGCCUUACUAGGAAGUUGAAAGAUCAUGAAGUGUCAACCCUCGAUAAGCCAGAGCGUAAAAAUGAUCUUAUUAAAUUGAUCUACUCUCAAAUUCAUACCGUCAAUGCUGAUAGGUGCCGUAAAAGUUUUUCCGAACACGGAUGUAAAAAAGUAGGUGAUAUAGCAGACCGGGAGGUAACCCAUUUAAUGUAA